AUGGCUCGCCCGGAGCAGGAUUCCAUUACUUCGUUUGACAAUUAUACUCUGAAAAAUUUUGCGUGCAAUGAGAAAAACAACGAUAAUGAUGGUGAUGAUGAUGAUGACGAAAAUGAUGAUAUUGGGACGCCAUUAGACGAUCAGUGUAUUUAUGGUAAACUCAUCUUACUAGGAUAUAAUGGGACGCUGGAGAGCAGUAACAGUUAUCCAAAUGGUCGGAAGCAUCGUUCAAAAAUGUUACUACGCAAACGCUUAAUGGGUAAUGGUAUAAAGAAAGCUCGAAGCAGCUUGGUUAACGUGCCACCAUCACAGAGUCAGGUACGUUGCACUUCCUCAAAAUUUGUAAUACGCGUUUCUUCUUUUUUUUUCCUUUUUCUGAAAAAUGUGCAAAUUUUAGAGUUUUGGAACAGAAGAUGGGAUUUUUUUGACCGUAUAGCCAUCAGAUUUUUCGUAAGAUAUAAUGGGACGCUGGAGAGCAGUAACAGUUAUCCAAAUGGUCGGAAGCAUCGUUCAAAAAUGUUACUACGCAAACGCUUAAUGGGUAAUGGUAUAAAGAAAGCUCGAAGCAGCUUGGUUAACGUGCCACCAUCACAGAGUCAGGUACGUUGCACUUCCUCAAAAUUUGUAAUACGCGCAGUACGUGAUACAUCACGCCAUGUUGUAUCGUUUUCAUACAAUCGCAAUCAUACAGUUCUUGUAGAAUAUGCACCGGAUCCGUCCAAAGACAUGUUUCAGGUUGGGCGCUCCUCUGAGGACCAGAUAGAUUUUACUAUUGUGGAUACGUGGCUUGCUGCGUUUGCGGACGUCAGUUUUCCUGCAGGUCAUACCAGUUUUUUUUUGCAGCUUUCACAUAACAUCGAUUUAUGA